AUGUCACAAAUCACAAUCCUAGGGUUCACGCCCGCAGAGCUGGUGUCGUCGUCUCAAGGCUCCAACGCCAUCCACUGGACCAUCCUUCUUAGCCCGACUUCUUCAGCCCCACAACACCCACAACAGUCCCAAGCCCCGAUAAGGCCGAAAACCAAGUCCUUCUUCUCGUCGCAACGGCGUGUCUCGAAGGAUGACAGCGACGUCACGACAAGGCCCAGGACCGCCCUCUUCGACAUGCACAAGCAUCAACUCCGCCAACAGGAAUUGCCUGGUCCGAUCACACCGAGCGAUCGGAAGGGACCGACAGACAGUCCAAAUACAGCGACAAGUAUUUCCUCAGACGUUCCCAACGAGCCAUUUACCCUAUCGCUACGCAUCCUGCUGUCGACGCACAGCCUGCCCGUCGCGAAACUGGCAAAAAAGGUGUCGCCCCUCCUGUACCGCACGCCGACAUACGGACCCGAGGAAGACUGGCUCCGCGCCGCUCUAGACAUGCUCGUCGGCGCUGGCAUCCUCGAGCCCGCCGCGGCAUUUGACGGGGACCUCGUCCUCGCCUUCGCCAGCGAAGCCGUCAAGGAAUACCUCGGCCACAUGGAGCAGGGCCAGCACACAGCGCACAACGUCCUCGAGCUAGACUACGCGAAGCAUAUUCGCGAAAUGGAGUCUGUGAGGACGAUGUUUUCGCGCGAUUCCGCCGCCACAUCGGGAAACGCAGACCGGAACAUCACAGCCAGCUCGGGGGCCACGCAACAGCAUACACCGGCGGAAACGUCAUCGCACACUUACUUCCACCUGCAUCACGGGUCAAAAACUAGUUCUAAACCAGCGUCCGACUCGGCAAGCAAGAAGCAGAAGUUCUUCGGCUUCAGGGUCUCGCCUGGUCCACACGCGUCGGGGCAGCGGCAGAGGUGGGCCAGUGGGGAUCGAGCAUGGUACGAGCGGCGCGACGAUCCGUAUGGUGGGCUGAUGUGA